AUGGAUCCGCCUAUUGCACAACGGAGACGUGGCCGCCGUACUCGUUCGAGUACAUCUCAGGAAAAUUUAAUUAAAGAUUCAAGUUCAGAUGUUAGUCCCCGAGAAUCGUCUGCACCUGCAGUUGUAGAUGAUCGACGUCGUCAAAGACGUGUUCAACGAUUACCAACUCAUCAGCAAUAUGAUAAUCAAGCUUUUGCUGAAGAGGAACGACCACCACCACAUCCCAUCGAACGUGUUAACGAAGACGAAGAAGAAGACGAAGAAAAUGUUCAGAACGCUGAACGACUCGCAACACAUGUCGUUAAACAACAUCAACGAAAUGUCAAUGAAGUUCAGCAACAAAUUAAAAAACCAAAGAGAACAACAAUAUCGGAUAGUGCCGUGGACGAUGAUAAAGACGCUUUAAAUGAACAAAUAGGUGAACAACAAAGAAAUCUUUUAAAACGUGUUGGUAAUAUCGAUGACGGUCAUGUUUUACCUGUUGAACCAUUACCAUCAACCAUUGGAGCAUCACAUGAUCGAUCACUAGAACAAAUUCUUGAAAAAGCAAGACGAGCAAGAGCUGGCCAAUCCAUGGAUGGAGUAAAUACAGAAUUAAUGUCAACAAUGGGUUCAUCACGUCGUUUCGGUGCCAGUAGUGAAUUAAAACUUCAACGAACUCUUGGUAAACUUGAUGCACAUAUUGAUGCAACAUUAUUUUCUACGUCUACUAUGGGUGGUGAUACUUCAACUCGUUUUGAUAUGGAGAAUAUUCAAGAUAAACGUAUUCGUCAAGAAAUUGAAAAAAAGCAAUAUGAACGAAAAAGUCGUUGGAAAGACACAGCUGAUCAAUUAGAAACUGCACCAUCUGUAUCUGAGAAAGAUGACUUUUUUCUCAAAAUUUGGACCGAACAACAAGUUGAUGCUCAAGAACCACCAACAGCUUCAGCUAGAGUUGCUCCAGUAACAACCGCAGAUAAUAUUGUUGGUGGAGAAGAAACCGACGAAGCUGCCGUGCCCGAUGAUCAAGCCGCAGGCCGAGAUAAAAGGUUACCUGAAGAACAGCAACUACUUCUGCCUAUGCUAGAAGAUGUUCAACCAGCUCAAUAUCAACGUGCUGAAAAAGCAUUUGACGAAGAUGAAGAACGCGAUUUAGAACAACUAAGAUAUAAAUAUGUUGUCGGUCGACCUAUUGGUCUUCGUGAGAAAUUCGGUGAUGAAGCAUUUGAACCACGUUCACUUGAAGACGAAGGCAUUUUUGUUGGUAAAAAGCCGAUUGUGCCAGCUAAAGUAGUUAAUCGAGCAGAAAAACGAAUCUAUGAAGAAUGUGUAAAAGAUAAUAAGCCAAUUGAUCAUUGGUUUGGUCCUGAUGGUGCACUUAAUACAUUGCCAGAUCCAACAAAAUUUGUACCAACACGACCACUGAUUGAUGAUCUUUUUGAUCCAGCUUUAGGCAAAGAAUUUUAUAAGGCUUAUCAAAUCGACAGUGAACAUGGUGUAGCCAGUGAUCCAAUAGGUGCUGAUCGCUAUCGUCUCGAUAUUGAUUUAGAAAAAAUUUCAUUUAUUCAUCAUCAUUAUAUGAGUAUCGAACAUGUAUUAGCAAUGAGAAUGAAACAAAUGUAUCAGCAUUAUACAGUUCGAAAACAACAACGUAUUGUGCAGCAACUUUCAGAUAAAAUUAAAGCUCUUAAAAGUGCAGAGAACAAUUGUCGAACAUUAUAUGAACAAAAUAAAUAUGCUGACACAGACGUACCAAAAGAACUACACGAACGAUUAACUAAUUAUCAAAAUGAACUUCGUCAAGCACGUAAUCAACGUUGUAAUGAAAUGAAACUUGAUCGACAAUUACUGAAAAGUCUAUUGGAUACUUGGCAAAAAAUGAAAGAUAUUCGUCGUACAAAUGGUUAUUCAACAACAUCUCUGAAACUAAUUAUAAAACAAAUCUCAGGCAAGAGAACAAAACAUUAUGAACAAAUGCAACAACAAAUCGAAGAAGAAAUAGUAGAUGAAAUUGCUUUAGCUGAAGAACAGUAUCAACAGGAAACUAAAGCUCAUUCGUUGAUAGCUAGAAAACGAAAAUUACAAGAUACACGAAAAAAAAGAGCAAGACAAGACUUAGAGAAAAAACGAGCUGCUGCAAUGAACACUUACAAUCCUGAUGGCGAAAAUGAACAAGCCGAUAUAGCAAUUAUUAAUGAAGAAGAAAUUUAUGUACCAGACAAACCAGAACCACGUAAACCGGAUGAGAUUCGAACGACAAUAUUAGCAAAAUAUCAAAAUGCUCUCCGGCCUCCAGAUGAACCAGAAGUUCUUCUUGAAGUUGUUUAUACGGAGCCUAUAUCCACUGAGAGUGAAUGUAGUGCACGCGAGCGAGCACGCCGUCAUCAUCUGCAAACUGCAACAGAUGUCAUUGCUCGUAUUAUCAUCAAUGGAAAAGUGAUGGCUGAUACACAAGCUGUACGAUUGACAGGUGAUUUUGAAGCAAACUUCGGUCAAAUAUUUCCAUGCUACGUUGUUCGUACGCCGGAAACAAUUAAAAUCGAAUUCUAUGAAUCUUCAGCACGCUUUCGUUCACCAUUAGCUGAGCUUUAUUUGCCUGUUCCAGAGCAAACAGUAACAAGUGAAAACUAUCAAUUACAGGGAUAUGAAUUCAGUUCAAAUAUAUUACGAGAAUAUAAUCCAAAUCAAACAACAGCUGUUGGUGCUGGCAUACAUUCACCUAUACAAAUUCCUGAUGGUAACCUUGGUUUUCUAAAUAUUGAGGGCAUUUUAAAUGCAGGUAUAUCAUGGGGUGUACAAGAUGGUGUUGCACUUGUACCACCAGAUUAUAUAACAUCAAAAGCACAUUUAAGUCGACAGAUGGGUGGUGGUUUUCAACAAGAUAUAAGCAUGCAAGCAAUCAAUUUAAGCAAUAUGAAAAAUUUAAUCGAAUGGAUAAAACAAUCAAAUCUUGAUCCAUACGAUCCUGACAAUGCAUUUCUUAUUAAUAUUAUGAAAGAUUAUUCGAUAACACGGGCUGAUACAAAUUUUGAAAUUAAUGCUUUACAACAUUUUCGUUUAUCAAUUGAUGAAAACGAUGAAAUGGAUCAAGAUCAAGAACAAAUGGAUAUUGAUACUUCAUUAAGAUUUAAAUUAUUACAAGCAAGAAAAGAAAAUAUACCAGAUUUUAAAGAUUUUAAAGAUGUACCAGCAUAUGAUUAUCUCAGAUUUAUGAUUCAUCAACAAGAAGCUGCCGAUGGUGAUAAUGUUGAUCAACAAAUUCAUGGAAAACGUCAAACACGGAUUGAUAUUGUACGACGUCAAGGAGAACGACAAUUACGAAAAAUGCGUGAACAAGUAUUAGCUCGUAUUGCACUUACAGCAGGCCGAAAAAGUUUUUCAGAAAUGGUUGUCGAAGAGAGUAUUCCUAAUAUACAAGCACUUCGUGGUCUUCUAUCUAGUAUAUAUAUUGAACCAACACGUCCACUGUAUCCAAGUCGACGUCGUACUGAACAAAAAAAAGCAACAAAUUUAGCUCUAGUAGCUAAUCGUGAAGUGUACAUUUUGGUUAAUUUAAUUGGUGCUAUGGAUCUACCUAUUCGACGUAGCGUUUUAACACAGGAAGGACCAAAAGCUGGUAAUCAAACAAAACAAGCUGCAGAAAGAAUGGUAAAUAAUUUUGUAAAUAUAGUUAGAACUGUUAGUUUUCUAUCAAUCCACUGA